AUGGCUGACUCCGCGGCAAACGCCUCGCCCAUCCGCGAAGUGCAGAUCGAAGCGCUCGUGGUGAUGCGCAUCAUCAAGCACAGCACUUCCGCCUUCCCCACGCCCGCCACGGGCUGCUUGGUCGGAAUGGACAUCCCUUCGUCUGCCGGCACGCAACUCCAAGUCACAAACUGCUUUCCCUUCCCCGCAUCCGUCCCCGAGCAAUCCCAGCAGGACCAAUACUACCAAGCCGAUGCCGCCGCGCUCGCCGCCGCCGCACCGCGCGCAAAGAGCAACGUGGGGUAUCAGAAUGAGAUGAUCAAGUUGAUGCGCGAGGUCAACGUCGACGCUCAGAGUGUCGGAUGGUACACGAGCACGAGCAUGGGCAACUUUGUCAACUUGAACUUUGUGGAGAACCAGGCUUUCCUUCAAAAGCAGGCGGAUGAGCGGACGUCGGUCGCGCUGGUGUUUGAUGUCAGUCGGAGUGCUUCCGGCAGCUUGAGCCUGAAGGCGUACAGGCUAAGCGAGAGCUUCAUGACGAGCUACAAAGAGGCAAAGUUCUCAACCGAAAGCUUACAAAAAUCCGGACUUCGCUACCAAGACAUCCUCAUCGAGAUCCCCAUCCAGAUCCACAACUCUCACCUCCUCACCUCCUUCCUCCACUCCCUUCCCACCCCGCCCCCGGAGAAAGCCACCCUCGACUUCCCCUCUUCGCUCGCCGAUCUCUCUCACGACCCAUACACCACUUCAAAUCCCCUCGCACCAAACCUCGACGCCCUCGACCUAAGCAUCGACCCUUUCCUCGAAAAGACCACCGACCUCCUCCUCGACAGCAUCGAAGCCCACCAAAUCGAGCAGAACAACGCGCAGUACUACCAGCGCUCGCUGGCUCGCGAGCAAGCCAAAAUCACAGCAUGGCAGACGAAGCGGAAGCAAGAGAACCAACUGCGGCAGCAACAAAAGCAGCCGCUCCUCGACGAGACCGAGUGGACGAAGCUGUUCAAACUGCCGCAGGAACCGAGCCGGCUGGAGAGUUUGCUGGUGGGAAGGCAGGUGGAGCAGUACUCGCGACAGGUCGAUGCCUUUGCCGCCACUGUGUCCGGGAAGAUGUUUGGGGUGCGUGGCGGAUUGGUCCCGGGUGGUAAUGCGGACUGA